AUGGCCUCCAGACCGACUGUCACCGUUCUCGGCGCCGAUGGCAAGGCCACCGGCGCCACUGAGGUCCUCCCCAAGGUCUUCAGCGCCCCUAUCCGCCCGGAUAUCGUCAAGCACGUCCACACCGGCAUGGCCAAGAACAAGAGACAGCCCUACUCCGUCUCCGAGAAGGCUGGUCACCAGACCUCUGCCGAGUCUUGGGGCACUGGUCGCGCUGUCGCCCGUAUCCCCCGUGUCUCCGGCGGUGGUACUCACCGUGCCGGUCAGGCCGCCUUCGGUAACAUGUGCCGUUCCGGUCGCAUGUUCGCCCCUACCAAGAUCUGGCGCAAGUGGCACGUCAAGGUCAACCAGGGCCAGAAGCGUUUCGCUACCGCUUCCGCUCUUGCUGCCUCUGCCGUCGCUCCUCUCCUGAUGGCCCGUGGCCACCAGGUCUCUACCGUUCCCGAGGUUCCCCUCGUCAUCGACUCCGCCGCUUUCGGUGUUGCCUCCAAGACUGCCGCUGCCGUCGGUCUCCUCAAGGCUGUCGGUGCCGGUCCCGAGCUCGAGAAGGUCAAGGCUUCCAAGAAGCUCCGUGCCGGUAAGGGUAAGCUCAGAGGCCGCCGCCACCGCCAGCGCCGUGGUCCUCUUGUCGUCUACUCUCCCAGCACCGACGGCAAGGAGCUCGUCCAGGGCUUCCGCAACAUCCCCGGUGUCGAGACCAGCCCCGUCGAUGCCCUCAACCUCCUCCAGCUCGCCCCCGGUGGCCACCUCGGUCGCUUCGUCAUCUGGACUUCCGCCGCCAUCAAGGAGCUUGAUGCCGUCUACGAGUCCAAGAAGGGCUUCUUCCUCCCCUCCAACGUUGUCGCCAACGCCGACCUUACCCGUCUCAUCAACUCUUCCGAAAUCCAGUCAGUCCUCCGCGCCCCCAAGGGUGAGGCCAAGACCAAGCGUGGCCACGUGCUCAAGAAGAACCCUCUGCGCAACAAGCAGGUUCAGCUCCGCCUUAACCCCUAUGCCGCCACCUUUGCCAAGGAGAAGCUCGGCGAGGUCAAGGAGGAGGGCAAGCCUGUUCGCGUCAAGGCUGACUUCCUCGGUCAGCUCAAGGAGUAA